AUGAGUGCGAGUAUAAAACAAGAGACUGCGACGCGGCAGUUACCCCCGGAAAAACACGAUGAGGAGUCCGAGGAAGAGUCCGAGGAGUCAGGGUCUUCUGAAGACGAGUUUUCGUCGUCCGAUUCGUCGCCCGAGUCGGAAUCAGAGGUUUCCAAGCGUGAGAUGUCAGAACGCGAACAGUUCGAGUUACACGCGAAGUAUCGUCGACUUGACCGCGAUCUGGUCAACCAGCGAACAGAAAUUGCGCGCGAGAACGGCAUCAAGGCGGUGGCGAAGUCGCUGGACUUAGCCGACCAUCUUUUCUCCGAGACAAAAACAUCGAUCCAAUCGAACAUCGUUGCCAAAGACUCGGCCACAUUGAAGGAAAUCGGUUUACAGGCCAAGCUGGCGACAAAGAACCUGAAAUUGGGACGAUCGCAGCGCGUUUUGGAUUUCAACGAGUUUACAAACAACUUCAUGAAGCAGUUUUCAGGCCAGGAAGAUAUUUUUGAAGAGGAGUCUGCGAUCGACCGCAGCAUGUCGCGAUUCAAUUGGAUUGGUGUUGGGCUGUUGUUCAUGAACUGCUCUCGAAGAGCCCCAACCACGGAUUUUCUGCUGGGACCGCUGGAAAACACGCGCAGGUCACGUGUGACGAAGCAGCGACUCGCAGACGACUCGCGAACGGGCGUUUCAAAGACAGCCAACAAACGUACUGCGUCUGAGCUGAUGGAGCAGGACCAGCGCGACGACACGACGGCGAACUCUGAGCGGUGUUUCCGCCGGCUGCGUACUCUGGAAGGGGAAAAGAUCAAUCUGUUCAAGUUCUUUGUGGAUCCAAACUCUUUUGCCAAAUCUGUUGAGAACCUAUUCUAUACGAGUUUCCUGAUCAACCACGGCAAGGUGAUUCUGGGAAAAGACUCAGCCGGGAUCCCGUUUGUCCAGGAGGCCAAUGCUACUAAUUUCAAAGAGUUGCCACGGUUCAUUAAAAAGGACGACUCCAAGUCGCACAUCAUCUUCAAUCUGGACCACGAGACUUGGAAACACGUUGUAGAGACGUUUGAUAUACAUAAAGCGUUUCUAUAG